GUACUGCAGUGCCUGCUUAUUUUACACACAUUUGUCGUACGACUGUUCGAGCACCUACACGUGCGUGUAAUAUGAAUGUAUGAUAUUUGUAUCAUUAACAAUCCAUAUUCCAUAAUACGUAUUAUUGAAAUCCAAUUGAUUCAUGCAAGUUUACCAUCGAUCUCGCUCCCAACGUAAAAAUGUUUAGCGGAAAGUGCAUGAGCUCGGCCAGACUGGACGGCAAGAUCAGCAUCGUGACAGGUGCGAACACGGGCAUCGGCAAAGUCACGGCCAAACAAUUUUACGCGCUAGGAGCAAAAGUCAUACUGGCGUGCAGGGACGUCGGAAAAGCGGAACAGGCCGUAUCGGAUAUCUUGGCUGAAGUAAAAGGUGAUGGCCUCGGACAGCUGGUCGUGGAGGAAUUGGAUUUAGCAUCUUUCGCAUCGGUCAAGCGUUGCGCGAAAAAUAUUUUACAAAAGGAAAAACAAAUUCACCUGUUGGUGAACAAUGCCGGCGUAAUGGCUUGUCCCAAAGGAAAAACCCAGGACGGUUUCGAAACUCAAUUUGGCGUCAAUCACUUGGGACACUUUCUGUUUACGUCGCUCCUAUUGCCAAGAAUCAGAAACUCCACCCCCGCUCGCAUCGUUAACGUGUCGUCAAGGGCGCAUACGAGAGGCUCGAUCAAUUUUGAAGACAUCAACUAUGACAGAAAUUAUUCGGCUAUGGCAGCCUACAGCCAAAGUAAACUGGCUAAUGUGCUGUUCUCGAGAGAACUGGCGCGAAGACUCGAAGGUACUGAAGUUCACGUGUACAGCCUACAUCCGGGAAUCGUGAGCACCGAAUUGACCAGAACGGUAGACCAAGUGUACUUUCCGGGCAUAUGGCUGUUGGGCCGCAUUAUUCUCUUUCCGUGGGUAAAGACGCCGGAACAAGGAGCUCAGACAACUUUGCACUGUUCGAUAGACGAAAAGGCUGGGGAGGAAACCGGACUCUAUUACAGUGAUUGCAAGGCGAUAGAACCAUCGGCGUUGGCCAAAGACACGGAAUUGGCGAAAAAACUUUGGGAAAAAAGCGUGGAAAUGGUUGGCUUAAAGGACUACGACAUGUUCAACUGCAGAGAAGACACGCUCCUCGAACUUCUGAAAGACGCCUGAAUCUUGAAAGCUAGUGUAUUUAAAAAAAAAUGUAUUCUACCAAUAUAAAUAAUAAUAAGCUAUUUUCAUACCAA